GAGUGAUUCAAUUAACAAGAAGCGUUUCAAGAAUUAUUUGAUGAAAUCAACAGAAAUACUAGAUGGUGGACUACAUUCUACUCUUCACUCUGGUUACAUUUUUGAAUUUAAAACUGACUUCGUAAAACACGAAAAGAAAGAUCACAGUCUUAUUUGCAAAGGAAAUCUAUUGGAAGAAACUUCUGUGGCUACUAAAAUUUCGUCUCACAAUUCUGAUGACAAGACUUUAAAUUGCAUGAUUGAAUAUGAUCAGGACACAACUUUGGAAAUAAAGGAAGAAAUAAUCCAAGGUCAAGAAGUAGCUGCAGGCCAGAAAUGUAAUGAAAAAUAUGAGACUAAAUUGCAUGCCGCGCAUAUGAGGGAGGCUAAUAUUUUUGAUGCUAAGAAAAAAUUGCGUAUCCGCAAGAAGCAGGAAGUACAGGAAUCGAAACUGGAAAAGAAUUAUACAUGCGAAAAGUGUGCACGAAGCUAUAAAAAUAAAUGGGAUUUGAAUCGUCACAAAAAUUUCGAAUGUGACGUCAUGCCACAGUUCAUAUGUAACGUCUGCGACAAGCAUUUUAAACGAAGUACAAAUCUUCGACACCACAUCAUUCACGUGCAUCAGAAAGAGAACACACAGACAUCUCAAACGAAGUUUAAUUGUAAUAAAUGUUCGCGAAGUUAUGUUUCGUUAAGUGGUUUAAAUCUACAUAAGCGUGUAGAACACGCAGCAGUCAAACCAAAAUUUACUUGCGAUUAUUGUUCUCAUAGAUCAAAACAAAAAACUCACUUGUCGACACACAUUUCUUCAAAACAUCUUAUAAAGGAAUAAUCAUAACGUACGUGAAACUUUAGUCCUUAAGAAAUUACUCAUGUUAGUUUAAAAGUCUGUUUUUGCAGAAGAUCCACUUUAGAACUUUCACUUUACUUACUUCUCAAUUGGGUCUGAAGAAAUAUUUUGUGGACCGGUUAGAAUGGGGUAUUAAAGUAUUUUUUUUCUUUUACGUAACGAUGACAUAGAAGUAAGUGCUACUAACCAAAUUUUAAAUAAAUAAGAAAAAUUGUGCCUUCAUCAACUUUUUGUCUAUAAUCGUUGGUAACAAUGACUGUCUUUUUUUGUAUAUUACAUAAAUACGAUAUAGUUUCGAGCUCGUAAAAUUCGUAUUUUUGAAUAAAAUUUCUUCAUUAUUAUUUUAUAAAUGUAUACACAAUGUUCUUUAAUAGCUGAAAGGAAAGAUUUAAAUCGUGAAUAUUCACUUUGUACAAGAUAUAAGUUUUCUCAAAGAAAUUUUUAGUUAAAGUCUUGUACUAUCUACAGAACCCAGUUGCACUUUUAGUUUACCUAAAAUAUGAAUAACGACUACAUCAACAAGAUCGGGUCCAUUUUCUGGUUCAUACGCGGUAAACAUUUAAUCAGUUAUUUCCCGUUUUGUAAACUAGGAAAUGUCCAUUUGUUUAAGAAACGAAUGACAAGAUACUUAAUUCUACGCUGAGAUUCAAGCUUAUUAGAGGUCAAUGGAAAAAAGAUUUAAAAAUUAUCAUUGACCUCAAGAACCUACUUGCGCUAAGAUUUAUGUAAAUCUAUAAAAAAAUUCAAUUUUGGUUAUUUUAUCUUCAUACUCCUUCUAUAGCUCCUACGUGCCUCAGUGUUGAAAAUAAGGUACUCAUACAAGUAGAGAAUACAAGACCAAUUUUGUAGAUAAAUUGUAAUGUAAUGAGAUUGUGUAUGAUUUUAUUAUAUUAUUUUGAAUUAGUCAAAAUUACGUCCAAUAUCCCCAACUUUUCAGCUCCCUGAAUCAUUUUGCGAUUGUGUACAGCCGACAGUACGAAAAACCAAAGCCUAUUAAUUUUUCCAUCACCAGGGCAAGAAUUAAAAUAAUCGAAAAUUAUUGUAAUUGAAUUCUGAAUUAAUCGAGUGCUACAAACACCAAAAAUUUGAGCAUUGAUUUGAAGACCACAUUCUGUUCUCCACUAGGAAAUACGAAAUACGAAAAUAACGAAUCUAAGGAAAUAAUGAAAAAAUAAGUCAUUGAAGGUAUGAAUAGAUUUGCAAUUAGAAUAUCUCAAUUAAAAAUACAAAAUAAAAUAAUUCAAACGAUGCUUUGUAAAAUUUGAAAUUAAGAGACAGUUGCAGGACAGAAAUGUAAUAAAAACUACGAGACAAAGUCAUGUUACUACUCAAUUAUCA